UAAAGAGACCUGACAGACAGAGGGAGGGAUCUAGCGAUGCAGUGUGUCUGGAUUUGACUAAACCAUCGCAUAGACGAUAGAAAAACGUAUGUUUUUCAGUGUUGAACACAUUAUUUAAUUAAAUUUAAAUUAGCUGUUCUUUUGCGGGGAAAAGUAUGGCAAGUAUAGGACUGGCCGUUAACGUCGCAAACACAGAAGAGAGGGUCGUUUUUACGCAACUAAAACCGGUGAGGUUGACCGGAGGGGACGGCGUAGAGGACUCGUCUGUGUUUGAGGAAGUCAAACCUCCAGCGAGAACUCCAGCGAACCCUUUGGAGAUGACCCAGGCACAGUUGGAGAUGGAGAAGUACCUGUCCCAGAACGCCCCCAUGCCUGCUCCCCCCGUCAUAGACAGGAAGUACCGACGGGAGAGCGCCUCGGUGGUGGACGAGUAUUUCUCAGAGGAGAAGCCCACGCCGUACAGCGUCAACAUCAACCUGAUCCUGCCCAACACCACACACCUGCGCACGGGCCUGUACCGGCCCAGCAAGCCCCUGCUGCAGCACAUAAAGAGCGAGCCGGGCCUGGACCUGCCCUGCUCCAUCCAGACGCUCCCCGACUUCACCUCCGUCUUCAGCGUGCCGCAGACCGUCAACGGCCUGUUCGUCAAGCCCGACGUGAGCGCCGGCGACCUCCACAUCGGCCCCCAGCAGCCCCAGGUCUACCACCUGCCCGUCAGCAGCGCUGACCUCACAAUGCCCUCGUCCAGCAGCCAGUCGGACAGCAGCAGCAGCGGCAGCAGAACCAUGCACAACCUGAGCAGCGUCGCCAUGGCGACGGGCGCGGCGGGCUUCGUCAUGCCGGAGCAGCUGUUCCCGUCGCCGCAGCCGCACAGCCUGCCGCCGUCGCCGCCGAACUCGCAGCCCGGCAGCCCGGAGAACCAGGCCGAGCUGAUCUGCACCGUCUCCCCCCCGCCCCCCUACCAGGCCCGGCAUGCCCUCAAGCUCACGCACAUGCACCCCCAGGCCCUGCUCAUGGCCCACGGCCAGGGCAUCCUCACCGGCCCCCGCUACAACCGCCGCAACAACCCCGAGCUGGAGAAGAGGCGGAUCCACCACUGCGACUUCCAAGGGUGCAUGAAGGUUUACACAAAGAGCUCUCACUUGAAAGCGCACCAAAGAACACACACGGGUGAGAAGCCGUACCGCUGCACCUGGGACGGCUGCGACUGGCGCUUCGCGCGCUCGGACGAGCUGACCCGCCACUACCGCAAGCACACGGGCGCCAAGCCCUUCAAGUGCGUCGCCUGCAGCCGCUGCUUCUCCCGCUCCGACCACCUGGCGCUGCACAUGAAGCGCCACCAGAACUAGCGGCCGCCCCCCCCCCCCACCCCCCGGCCCCCCCGCCGCGCCCCUUCACAUGGGCGGGGCUGACUGACCCCCACCGACCCCCAACUUUAAAAUUAUUUCUAUUUUUCCACUACAAAGAUCAAAUGUCUACAUACCCACAUGCUGCCAACACAUCAACGUCUUUGAAAGGUGUAUAUUUUUCCAGAGGGACAGCAGGCCCUCGGGUCUAUUAGAAAUGGAUUUGUGUGUAAUGUGUGUACAUAUGUGUGUCUAUGUAUGCCUGCUUCUGAACUUGCAGAGAAUGUAUUGAAACUUAUACUUGACUACUUUUUUAUCUUAACUUUAAAGAUUCUAUUCAAAUCAGAUACUUUUUUUAAAAGGAUGAUUUUUAUUUUUUCUAACUUGUUUGUGCUCUGUGUAACUCAAUCUCCUGUGUGAAUGGAUCGAUUGCAAAGGCAGUUUGGAUGUGAAAUGACACCUUUGUCAAAAGAUUACUGGGUCCUCUGGGUGCACAGACGUGCUGGAGGUUCCAUAGUUCAUGUGAAAUGAACCUGGGGCAAGAAGAGUCAGUCAGUCACUGAGCACAGAACAGUCACUCCUGCUACGGUUUCAUUUUCUGUUCCGGAGACCCAAUCAACUGACUUCCUGAGCGUUCAUUUACAUUUUUAUUUGUAAAGCAGGUAUCCAGUUUCAGAAUAUUAUUUAUCUGGGUUUUCAUUAUUACAUGGUAUUCAUUGAAUGAACUAAAUUCAAUCAUGAGCAAAAAUGUUCUUUGAUCAUUUAUUAAGGGUUAUUUGCUGGAAGAAGUGGCUCUGUUUAGGAUCUAAAAGCAUUAAGGUUUAUUGAGAGCAAUGAACAUAUACCCCAUUUUUCCAGAUUAUGAAAUACAGUUAUAUAUAUAUAAUAACUAUUAUGUUGAAUCACUGCAUUAAUGAUCAUUUGAAAGUCUUAUUGAGUUGUGUUGGAGUACUUUAGUUUAUGUAGUGCUAUUACAUUUGAAUACCCGUUUCAACGAUUAAAAGUACUGUUGUCGUAGCUAAGGUUUCUCCCUGCAUCAACUGGAAACAUGUCUAUUUAGACAGUCAUUUUUAUCUUACAUAGACCUGAAUUGAACAGUUUAUGCAGCAAAACAUUUUUUUACUUAAUGUAUGAACUGAAAAAAGCACAUGCGGAGGGAUCUUUUCACAUCUGGGUUAACCGCAUUCCUACGGUGUGUUCGAUUCUGAUUCCGCUCAGGUUCUGUGGAGGAGGCCUGUAUGGAACAGCAGAUCAGAUUAAUUUGCAUUAAAGUGAUUUUUUCACUUCAUACGUCCCUCCGGCCAUCCCAUCACUGGGCGUGUCUGACGGUCAGACGAAAUGUAUCCGAUUUGAAUAAAAAUCAUAACUGGCUCAGAUAUGUGACAGUCUAAAUGCAUCCUUUAAUCCUUGUGUAAAUACAGGACUCCUGUGAAAGCACACGCACAGGAAAAUGGACCCUUGUGUUCGGUCUUGUCUAUGUGCCAAAUAAUUAAUGGACAGUGGUGAAGCGUAGGAGUAGUUUGGACAAAAAAAAACCUCUGACAUGUUGGAACAAUAGUUCGUUUUCAGCCCUGUGGUGAAGACAGGGCACAGUGUCGUUUCAGAGUUUUAAGUCUGUGGCGUUGCUGAAGUGCCCCGGGUUUAAGAUUUUGGGCGACGCCUCUGGACCGUAUGAAGUCACUGUCUCUGCUCUGCUGGUCAGGAUGUAAAGCACACCUGUUCAGGUGUUUUACUCCCGUGUGCAAGAAAGCUUCGCCAGGUCCUGUCCACAUUCCAGCUCCUUGUUCAGAAUAUUUUUAUACAUGAUUCUGUGUAUUUACUGUACAAUAUACCAAGUUUAUAACAGGAGCUGUGGUACUAUAUUUCUGAAACUGAACAAUAAUCACCACAGUAGCUAUAGUAGGUAUCAAAUAUCCAGCAACGCAUACCAUGUGGUUGAGAAAAAUCUUGAGUAUUAGAUUGGCUCUGGUGGCUGAAUGGGGAAAAUUGUUCACUAUGUAGUUUUAUUGAACGUGCAUCUUAUCUGAUGAAAGGCUCAAUUCACAUAAUCAAUAAUCUUAAGUUUAUAAUUGAAACAACAUCCAGGAAAGAAGGAAAAACAAUUAAUCUUGUAUAAUGUACAUUUCUUUUUUCUAUCUGUCAUUUUAAGAGGUAGUUUUGAUCAAAAUUUCAAAAUUGUCUAAGAUUAUACUGUAUAUCUUGCAUCUUAAGAUAACUGUUCGAGAGCAAGGGGGUCCAUUCAAUUGGUUCACAAAGUUUCUCACUUAAUGCCAAGAUUUCUUGCGUGAAGCACUUCCACCCUUAAUUAAGGUAAAAGUUCUCUGUUCUUUUAAAGACAAUCCUGCAUAUUCCUACAUGGGAUAAAUCAUGUUGUAAAUACUGUAGCUUUUGGAGAAAAAAAACAACUUGUAAAUAUAUUAUUUUUUCAGAGAUUUAAUGUUUAUAUUAUGAACAAAAAGGAAUAUGCGUUUUUCGGUUUGCUUGUUUUGGAACGGUGGUAGCUUACUGGUUCGUUUUAUCAUUUUAUACUUUGUGAUGUGUACUCAAAAAAUCAGUUAUAUGUAAAUGAACUAACAAACAUUUUUUUAAAGGUUUGUUGUUAUUGUUUUGUUUGACUGCAAAGAUUCUUGAUAAAAUUGAUUAAAGGAUUACAAACCAAACAUGGCCAAAUU